GGAUUUAAACAUUACUUCUUUAACAGCCGUUGGAUCUAGGUUUAGGCGCUUUAAAGUUUAAAAACAAAACUUUUGCUCAGCCGGGAAAGAGAAGGGAGAGAGGAAACAAAGACCCUCAUCUUGCUUCAGUCGAUCCUUGACGGAAUCUUUGCUCAGGGUUUAAGGAGUGCUUGCGAUUGUUGCAGCUAUGGCGAGUACUAAGGUCCAGAGGAUUAUGACCCAACCUAUUAACCUGAUUUUCAGAUUUCUCCAAAGUAAAGCUCGGAUCCAGAUUUGGCUUUUUGAGCAGAAAGAUUUAAGGAUCGAAGGUCGAAUUAUAGGUUUUGAUGAGUACAUGAAUUUGGUUCUUGACGAUGCUGAGGAAGUCAAUGUCAAGAAAAAGACCAGAAAGUCUUUAGGAAGGAUUCUUCUCAAAGGAGACAAUAUUACUCUGAUGAUGAACUCAGGAAAGUGAUGGUCCCCUUGGGUUGCAGUUGCUUUCUGAUGGAAAGUUUGGGACAUGUAGUGUAUUGGACACAGCUUUUUUUGGGAUUACUGGAGUUAAAUGUAGGUGGGUUCGCAUGUGAAGUUAAAAUACUUUAAGCUGUAAUGUGACUUGGUACUCGACCCGGAAAUACCACUAAUUGUUGCAACUAAUACAUGACAUUGUUAUGCUUGUCGGGAUGAUCUUUUGUGAGAUGUACAAGUAUCGUGAACUAUAUUGUAUGUAAUUCAUAUUUCCUAGUAGAAGUAUACUGGUAGCUUUGUUUGUGUUUUCAAA